UUCAAUUAUGAGAAGAUCCAUUUUGGGGCUAUAAAUUUUUUUAGUCCAUUUCAUUCCAUAAAGUCGUGCAACCACUAACCAGUAUAUUAUCUUAAACCGUGGUAAGUACCAACACGAUAUUAGUAUGAAGGAUUGAAAGUCCGUGGACUGUACUGGUUUUCCCAGGUCAAACCACCAAUCAGAAAUCGACUUAUGUGUAAACAACAGCGAUUGAUGAUAGUGCGCAGACGCGAAUUUUCAGUAGUAACUACACCUGAAUUAUUGCUGUACACUAUACUGGCAUAGUGGCAUACUGCUUAGUGCUUAUUAUAGCAGUGACGUAUUACGCAUCUACGUUAUCGACGAGGAGGACUCUUCAUUUUUUUUUUUUAAUCACGUUCGUCAAGUGUCAAGUGUUUAUUGUAUUAUCCAGUAUCCAUUCCAUCGUUCACUCUUGAAUCGUCAAUCGCCAUUCAUCGAGCAGUAUCGAGUAUUCGAGCUUAGCUAUUCUGAUAUCCGUGAACCAUUCGAUAUUCUGAGUAUUCUGUUUGUUGGGCGUUUUAUUUAAUUAACGUGCAGUGUGCACGUCAAUUCAUUCAAUUGACAUUAUGCUUCCCAAUCAACCAAACAAUCCUGGUACACCAGGAAAGAAAAAACAGAAAAAAGGUAAUCAACAAGAUAAUUCAAAUAUUAAUGUUGGGCAGAGUCAAGGACCAUCAGGUUCAGGGUUUAAAGAUUUUCCACAAAAUCAACCAGGCACUCAACAGGAAUCAACUCAAAAACAAAAUAAACCAAAGGAGGUAAAACAGCAGCAAAUUCAGAAACAAAAGUCACCAACAGAGAGUAAAUCAGGACAAAAUGACUUUCCACAAAUGUCCCAAGGUAAGGCAAAUCCAAAACAACAGACAACACAGAAACAAAAUAAUUCAAAGGAAGCAAAUCAAAAACAAAAACAGAAUCAACCAACAAAAACAACUCAAAAACAACCUGAAGGUAAUAAUCCACCUACUGUGCCACAAUCAGCUUCAUCUCAAGACCAACAAAUUGAACAGACAAUUUCUAUAUUAAAAAAUGAAUUAUUUAUUCCUAAAAGAAGAAAUCCUAAGUCUGGAGGUUCUUUGGGGCGUCCAACUCAAGUGGAAGUGAAUUAUCUUCCUCUUAACCUUGAUAAAUUAUUCAAAAAAGUUGUCUACCACGUAGAUGUACAAUUCAAGCCGGAACUACCUAAAAGACUUCUAAGAAAUGCUUUGGAAGAAUUUAAUAACAAACAUUACCCAAAACUUCUAUUUGCAUUUGAUGGACGGAGAAAUAUGUAUACUACAAAAGAGAUAAAAGGGAAAACUGAUCUAGUAGCUGUGUUAAAUGAUGAAAAUAAUAGAACAAUAGACUUUACAGUUACCACCUCGGUUGUCAAUGUAAUCCAGAUGAAUAAAAUUGAAGAUUAUUUAAAAUCUGGAUCAUCCAAUGCUACUCCAGGGGAAGCAUUUCAAGCAUUGGAUAUCAUACUAAAAAACCGACCGUUUUCAUUAAGAUUUACUAAUGUUGGAAGAUCAUUUUUCCCGCUACCACGUGUUACACCAGUUGACUUAGGUGAAGGAAUGGAAUUAUGGAAAGGAUUUUUUCAAAGUCCUGUUAUGGGUUGGAAACCUUUUCUGAAUAUAGAUGUGGCACACAAAGGAUUUCCCAAGCAUCAACCGUUAAUAAAUUACAUAUCUAAUGAAUUGGGCUGUGAUCUCAAUUCACCAAUGGAUAAUUGGAGUUUUAACGCAUUAUCAACUUAUGUUAAAGGAUUAAAAAUUGACUUUAUGGUUCCAAAUCAACCUAAUACAAAACGUUCAUACAAAGUUGUUGGUCUCCUUGACACUGCUGCUAAAUUUAGAUUUGAUAUGGAAGAUUCUGUUAGAGGUAAACAAACACUUAAUGUAGUGCAAUACUUCAAAAUAACUCGAAACUAUAGUAUCAAGUAUCAAAAUUUACCUUGUUUACAUGUUGGAAAUGUAAAUAAGAAAACUGCUAUUCCAAUUGAACUUUGCAUUGUUCAAAGGGGACAAUUGCGUUUGAAAAAAUUAUCAGAAAUGCAAACAGCUUCUAUGGUGAAGAAUGCAGCUCGUCCUCCAUCAGAACGACGACAAACUAUUGAAAAUUGCAUUAGAGACAUUAAAUAUAACCAAGAUCCUGUAUUGAACGAGUUUGGUAUUAAUGUUACGGAACAAUUUGCUUCAAUACCAGCAAGAGUUUUGGAUCAACCAUGUUUAGCAUAUGCUCAAAAUAGGGAAACUAGACCAAGAGGUGGUGUUUGGAGACCUGAUAAAUUUUCUAAAGCAGUACAUAUUAAUAAAUGGGUUGUAUUGAAUCUAGACGGACGUACUAAUAUGGGGAGCAUUAAAAACCUUGAAAGAAAUUUAAUAAUGAGUGGUAAAGAAUUGAAUGUUGUUGUAAACCCAAUGGAUUCUCCGAUUAACUGUCUUUUGCAAAGGAAUAUGCGUGUGGCUGAAAUAAAAACCUUAGUUGGGAACAAUUUUAGAAAGCUAAAACAAGUCAAUACAAAAUUAAUUGUGGUUAUUAUUCCAGACGCUCCUGCUGGAGUUUAUGGUAUGGUUAAACAAACAUCAGAGUUGGAAAUUGGUGUUCUUACACAAUGCAUUAAAUCCAGGACAAUGUUCAAGAUGAAUCCAUCAACAUCUUCUAAUAUCCUACUAAAGAUAAACUCAAAAUUGAAUGGAGUCAAUCACACUCUGGCUAUUAAAAGCAGCCCACCUAGUAUGGAUGAAGCAAUUAUUUUUGGCGCUGAUGUGACACAUCCAUCUCCUGACCAAACUGCUAUUCCAUCGGUUGCUGCUGUUGCAGCCAGUCAUGAUCGUUUUGGAAGCCAAUACAAUAUGGAAUGGCGCUUGCAAUCUCCUAAAGUUGAAAUUAUUCAAGAUCUAGAGGAUAUUGUUCAUAAACAGUUGCUUAAAUUCAAAGAAAAAACAAACUCUGUACCAAAGAAAAUAUUUUAUUUUAGAGAUGGUGUAAGCGAAGGCCAAUUUUUACAGUUGUUGGAAUAUGAACUGAUUGCUAUUCGUAGAGCUUGUCUUAGGCUCAAUAUUAACUACAAACCUUCAGUGACAUUUUUGGUCGUACAGAAACGACAUCACACUAGAAUGUUUCCUAAGUGUAGCAUUGAUAUGGACGGCAAGUUUGGUAAUGUUCCUUCUGGUACAAUUAUAGAUACUCAAAUCACUCAUCCAACAGAACUCGAUUUUUAUUUGUGUAGCCAUGCUAGUAUUCAAGGCACAUCAAGACCAACCAAGUAUCAUCUCAUAUGGGAUGACAAUAAUUUUACUGAAGACCAGUUGGAACAACUGACAUUCUACUUAUGUUUUAUGUUUGCACGUUGUACUCGUUCUGUUUCAUAUCCAGCACCUACAUACUAUGCUCAUUUGGCUGCAUUUAGAGCACGGGCUUAUAUUGAAAACAAAACCAUUGAUCUCAAUCAUUUAGAUGACGAGCAAAACAAAAAUAAACUGAACCAUUCAUUCACGGUUAAUACGCCCAUGUUUUUUGUUUGAAUUUAUUUUAAAACUACUAUUAUUUUUUUUUAUAUAAUUUACUCAUUACUUUUUUUUUAAAAAAAAUAUUAAAAUAUUAUUAUCCACUAUACUUAAACCCAUAAUUAUACCCUUAUUUAAUGACAUACAAUAACAUUUAUGAUAGUUGAUAAGUUUUUAUUUUAUUUUUUUUAAUAAACUCAUAUUCUCACUUAA